GGCACCUGGCGGAGCUCUCACUCACUCACUCACUCACCAGGAGACACACUAGGUCCUGAACGGAGGCACACAAGCCCCUCAGUAAUAAGGGAAAUAAUCACCUGAACACCGACAUGAAACGACUGGUUUACCUUUUCGCGAUCAUCUUAGCUGCUGGUUCAGGUGUCCACGGCUGUGACGACGGAUGGGAGGACAUCGAGGGGUCGUGUUUCAAGUUCGAUAUUUCUAUGUCGUUACCGUGGGACGAUGCUCGCGUCUUCUGCCAGAGUAACGGGGGUGACCUGGCCAAAGUUAUCGACGGCAACACCCACAGGGGCAUAUGGCUGUACAUCCAGACCUACGGACUGAGCGGGUCGUUCUGGUUGGGGGCGUCUGAUGUGGCGGCGGAGGGUGACUGGAUCUGGGCGAAGGAUGAGACCAGGGUGUCCAAAGGGACUCCGUACUGGGCUCUACGUAGCACAGUCCUCGGAUACCAGCAGGAGCCUUCUGGCGGGGCCAAAGAGAACUGUCUGGCCCUAGAUGAAGACAGGAAGUACUUCUUCAACGACGACGCCUGUGAUCUCGGCCACCACCCCAUCUGCAUGAAGUAGCGUCAUUGACACGAGGCUCCUCACCAUGUUGAUUGUACGGAGAAGCACCACGAAAUGCAACGCCUUUCAUUAUAAAUUUCAUUACCUUUCAUUAUAAUGUAAUAACCUAUACUAUAGUAUGAAACUUCACUGUAAUGUGAUGAAUGCUCUUGUAAUGCCCUUCACUACUAUGUAAUAUUUUUUAAUAUAAUGUAAUGAUCUUUA